UAAAGGAAGAAGAAGUGUUCCUCUCUUUGCGAUUUGCACGAGGACCCGCGGAGCUGGGGGUUUUGGGGUUUUUUCCCCCCCUUUUGGAUUUUAGUGACUCUUGGGCAAGGAACAGACCUGUAAAGAUGUUUAUGUGGUGGUCUGCUGUUUUACUUCUUGGAUGCAUUUUGCUGGGAGCAGAUGGGUGGCCAGUCAAGGAAGGAUACGACUUUAGGCCCUAUCAGCCCCUAGUAAGGUUACGGCACAAGCAGGAAAAGAAUCAUGAAAGCUCAAGAAAUAAAGGGUAUUUUGGUCAGGAUGGCCAUUUUGGAUCAUGUGAAAACAAGUACUGUGGUCUGGGCAGACACUGUGUUGUGAAUGGGAAGACUGGCCAAGCCGAGUGUCUGUGCAUGGAGCACUGCAAACCACAUUACAAACCUGUGUGUGGGUCUGAUGGAGAAUUCUAUGAAAACCACUGUCAAGUGCACAGGGCUGCUUGUCUGAAAAAGAAAAAGAUCACCAUUGUACACAAUGAAGAUUGUUUCUUUAAAGGGGAUAAAUGCAAACCUACUGAAUACACUGAAGUGAAAAAUGUGUUACUGGAUCUACAAAACCAGAGAUACAUUGCACAAGCAAAAGAUAAAUCUGUUGGUGAGAAAAUGGCGUUAAAGAAAGUUCUCGUAGAUCAAAUGUUCAAUUAUUUUGAUUCAGACAACAGUGGACUUGUGGAUGCUAACGAGUUAUCUCAGGUAAUAAAACGGGAUGAGCUUGGCAAGGAACCGUCUGACUGCUCUGUGUUUGAUUUGCUGAAAUAUGAUGAUUAUGACAGUGACAAGCACCUAGCUCUAGAAGAAUUCUAUAGAGCUUUUCAUGUAGUUCAGCUGAAUCUGCCUGAAGAUCAAAAAAUAAGCACCACUGCAGCAACAGUGGGACAGAGUUGUGUCUUAAGUUGUGCCAUCCAGGGAACCCUGAGACCUCCCAUCAUCUGGAAGAGGAACAAUGUCAUUCUGAACAGCUUAGAUUUGGAAGAUAUCAGUGAUUUUGGAGACGAUGGGUCCUUGUACAUCACUAAAGUUACCACAACUCAUAUGGGAAAUUACACCUGCUAUGCUGAUGGGUAUGAUAAGCUCUAUCAAACUCAUAUUCUCCAAGUGACUGUUCCACCAGUUAUCCGAGUCUAUCCAGAGAGCCAGGCGAGGGAGCCAGGUGUGACAGCUAGCCUUCGGUGCCACGCUGAAGGUAUUCCCAACCCACAACUUGGCUGGCUGAAGAAUGGAAUUGAUAUCACUCCAAAGUUGUCCAAACAGCUAACUCUUCAAGCAAAUGGUAGCGAGGUUCACAUUAGCAAUGUGCGCUAUGAAGAUACAGGAGCGUACACUUGCAUUGCAAAGAAUGAAGCAGGGGUGGAUGAAGAUAUUUCUUCUCUCUUUGUGGAAGAUUCUGCUCGAAAGACACUUGCAAACAUAUUGUGGAGAGAGCAAGGUCUGGGAAUUGGGAACAUGUUUUAUGUUUUUUAUGAAGAUGGCAUCAAAGUAAUACAACCAGUGGAAUGUGAAUUUCAGAGGCAUAUUAAGCCUAGUGAAAAACUCCUCGGUUUUCAGGAUGAAGUUUGUCCCAGAGCAGAUGGUGAUCCUGUUCAGCGGUGUGUUUGGGCAACUGCUGUUAAUGUAAAGGACAAAUUCAUAUAUGUGACUCAGCCCACACUUGACAGAGUUCUCAUUGUUGAUGUACAGUCUCAGAAAGUUGUACAGGCAGUAAGUACAGAUCCUGUUCCUGUGAAACUACACUAUGAUAAAUCGCAUGAUCAAGUCUGGGUGCUGAGCUGGGGAAACCUGGAAAAGAAUUCACCAACUUUGCAGGUGAUAACUCAAGCCAGUGGGAGUGUUUCUCACCACACAAUCCAUACUCAGCCAGUGGGAAAGCAGUUUGACAGAGUGGAUGACUUUUUCAUUCCAGCUACAACCCUCAUCAUUACCCAUGUACGGUUUGGAUAUAUUCUUCAUAAGGACGAUCCCACCCUCCAGAAAAUUGAUCUGGAAACGAUGUCAUACAUCAAGACAAUUAGUUUAAAGGAUUAUAACUGCGUUCCUGAAUCACUGGCUUAUACACAUCUUGGAGGAUAUCUUUUCAUCUGCUGUAAGCCUGACACCACUGGGGCUGUCCUACCGCAGCUCAUAGUGGAUAGCGUUACCGAUUCCGUGAUUGGAUACAAUGGUGACGUGACGGGCACGCCACAUAUCUCUCCAGAUGGACAUUACCUUCUCAGCAUCGAUGAUGCCAAAGGCCUCAUGAGGAUCCAGUCCAUAACAGUGAGAGGAGAAAUACAGGAUGCGUUUGACAUUCACACUAAUUUGCACAUAUCUGAUGUGGCUUUUCAGCCGUCCUUCACUGAAGCUCAUCAAUACAAUGUCUACUGCAGCUCCAGCACGCAAACUGAUGUUCUCUUCAUGGAGCUCUCCUCUGGCAAGGUAAAGAUGGUGAAGAGUCUGAAGGAGCCCAUCAAGGCAGGUGAAUGGCCUUGGAACAGUAAGAACCGUCUUAUAAAAGACAGUGGCCUUUUUGGUCAGUAUCUCAUGACCCCUUCCAAGGAGUCUCUGUUUAUCCUGGAUGGACGGCUCAAUAAGUUAAAUUGUGAAAUCACCGAAGUGGAGAAAGGCAACACAGUAAUUUGGGUUGGAGAAGCAUAAUAAUCUGUGUUAGAUAUUUAUUGAGUUAAUAGUUUUACAGUACAUUGCACUCAAAUUACACCAUUCUUCAAAUUUAUACAAUUUUUAUUUUAAAUUGUUAGGCCCUUCUAUACCUGUUAUGUCUUUGAUGUACACAAUUUGAAUCAACUUCCACAUAAAAGUGACUAAAAUGAUAGCUAUUUGAUAAUGGUAUUCCUUAUUAAUUAUCAAAUGAAAUUGUGUUGUUUGAGAUAACUAAAUAGGGAAAUUGAUGAUAACCAUAAUAAAUUAUUGUAAAAAAAGAAGAAAAAAAAAUCCCCAAAAACAACCAAAAAAGCUUCAGGAAAUUUAAUAUGAUACUUUGCAUUUGUAAAUGGAAGACUAACAUAUGAUUGAAAUUUUGUGUUGUUUUGCUUCAGACACGAAACAAGAGCUGUUGUACCACAACCUUUGACUCCUUAAGCUGAAAUGUUACAUCCUGUCCAGUCCACUGUUAAAUCUUUUUGUGCCUUGAAGCGAAAAUCUCACAAGAAAGACAAACAUAGAAAUUACAAAAUUUAUUCCCACUGUGGCUACAGGAUUGCUUGUCAUUGGAAAGAAAGUUUUGUUAUCAAAUUCCAGGUGUCAAGUUGUGCAACAUACAUGGACAGGAAAAAAAAAAUAAAUAUUUGCAGUGUUUUCUGAUCACUGCAUUUUGGAGUUUAUUUUUAUGGUGUCGUAGUUGAGAAAGCUGCUUGCAGAAGCUUAACCUUUUUUUAGAAAAAUAAUAGAUGUUAGGUUUUUCAGAUAUCACAGGGUGGCAUCAGCAAGGACUUUCAAGUCUACUGAAGAGAAAUAUUGCACAUCCUUUCAGAAUAUACCACAUUCUAAAAACCUGGCAUCACAAAGCUUCACUUAUACCCUUGAGGAAACCGUUAAUUAAACAUACAGAAAAUGCAUUUUAAGAAAAUGAGAAUGCAAAGAACUGAAGACUACGACCAGUAGAUAAUAUUUUUGCUUAUUCAUUGUACCAUUGACUCCUAUUUGUUAAACCAUUUGGUUAGCUCAACAGGUUUUCUAGUCCUUGCAUCCAACUGGAUUAGUGCAAAAAAAAAAACAACCAAACAAAAAAAAAAAACCCAAAAC